GUCAACAUAUAUAAACAAAAUAUUAACGAAUGUAUGCAUAUUUUUCUAUACGCGUAAUUAAUCGAAUUAAUAAAUUAACGAUAUCAAUAUUAGAUCUAAUAUCACAUAUUAUUCGUAUAAAUAAUUAUAUAAAAAAUAUCGAAUAAUUAUAUAUAGUAACUUUACAAGGCAUAUGACAACGUAGUAAUAAAAAUUGAACACAUAGAAAUGCGUAUUUCAAAGAAGUGUAUAAUUUAAAAAAGGCGCCAUAUUCACGAAAGUUCUUAAUCCCUUGUUAAUAAGCUUAGUGGUUAUGUCGAGCUUAUAAUUAGGGAGAAUGUAUCACAAUAGUUCCAUUCCGAAAAAAAUUCUUUGUGAAGAUUUAUAUUUGCAAUACGAAAAGUUAAUAAAAGACAACAUUUUUAUUAUUCAAAGGCAAAGUUUUAACUUGAGGAAUUAUUUGUUACGUCGAAAGAAGGAGAUCGUCCAAAUUAUUAGGUUAUUUUUCUAAAUCAGGUAAGAACAAUUUUUGUUCUCUCAAAAUCUUAAUCCCAUUAUUCACGUGUCUAAUAGAAAACAAAAUGAUAAUGAGGAACCAAUAGAAUUGAAAAAACUGCGGGAAAUUUAUGAUAAAGUACAAAAAGGAUUAAUAUCGAUCGAAGAAGAUUGCGAUAAAUUUUGGGUAGAAAUGAAAUUAGAUUUGUUAUUAGAAAAUAAGAGUCGAUCUGAGCCUUUGUUAGACAAACUUCCGAUAAAAAUAAAAACGGCUUACGAAGCAUGCAAAAAUGCUUUAUUGGAAAACGAUGAAAAUAUUUUGUCAUUGGAACGUUGUCAUUGCAUAUGGAGAAAUGUAUCUGAAUCGGUUAUAAACGAUGGGAAGAUUAGAUCGGAAAGAUUAGAUCUUUUACCCACGAAAUUCGACGAAACUGACUUGAAAUUUAAGCAGGAUUUAAUGGAAUUACGAACCAAAGUGUUUUCUUUAGUCAACGACAAAAUAGACACGUAUGCCGUAUUUAAAUCUUUGCGUUAAUAUUAUAACAAUUUCUUUUUCUUUUAUCACUACAAAAAAUGAUAUAUAUAUGUAUGUAUAUAUAUAUACAGGCGCGCGCGCGCGCGUGUAUGUGUAUGUGUAUUAUACAAAUAUUUAUUAUUAAGGAUUUGUCAGGGAACAGAAAAUGCAGUUUCAUCCAUGCAAAAAAGUUACUAUCAAAUCAUUAAAAAGUACAAACGUUCGUCCACGUCAUUGGACAAAAUAGAUUUAUCACAUAUUCAAGCUUUGAGAUAUAUCGACGGAGAAUUAACGAAAAACGAAGGAUGGUCUAACGUUCUCGAUACCACUGGUAAACAACUUAGAUCGAAAUGGUACCUAGUUGUUUCCCCUCAAAUAGAAAAAAUAUUGAAGAAUCGACGGAUAUAUUCGCUUCGUUUGGAUCCAUCAAAGGUCUUUAAUUUUUUGCUAUCUAUACCUGAAAGUGGAGUACACUUUAAAUUGUCGAAGAAAGAUCUACUUGUUUUAUUGCGAGACAUUUCCGAGGAAGGGCCUUGGAUAACGAGUUGGAAGCCUCAAUUAAAAACUCUUGAUAAAAAGAAAAUCGCCGCCAUUUUGAUACAAUCCUGUUGGCGUGGUUAUUGGGUCCGUAAACAAUUGAACGAAUCGUAUCGUCGUUACAUAGCAGCUAGCGUAUUAUGGUACAAAUGGUUAUUCGAAAAACACAAACGCGAGAUAUAUGCUAUUCACUUGAAAAAAAUGCUCUUGUCGCUGGACAUAAGUCGAGUAUUCAACGAAAAAUUAAGCAAAGAGUUUCACGACUUGAUUAAGUCUCCACACGUGAUAAUACAUCUUCCAUCGAUUGGUCAUUCCAUUAACAUUCGUCAAACGUACUCUCCAAGAUUAUUUAAUAUUUAUCAGCAUUCAAUGAUUUUGAGACUCUCCUUUCUACGUAAUCAAAUGUCUGAGUUUGUUUAUAUUUUACCUGUCGAAAUUACGCAAGAUUUACUAUCUAUGUACGUUGAUAUAAUCGAUUCUAUCAUUUCACAAGAACGUACAGCGAAUCGCGUAACGUUUCUUGCUCUUUCACAAGCUAAGACGUUCGAACGUACACACAUGAAUGUAUCUAGGAUUUUACAUUGCUCGGAAAGCACCUUAACAGCUAUCAAAAAAAAGAUCAAUGAAAAACCAGCGUAUAUUUUACCUUGGAUCGUUGACGAAUGCGAUCUUAGAAUAUCGGACUAUCUUUGCGUACCUUUGUUAGGGCCAGAUAUGAUACUACAACAAGAAUUGUUAAAUCUAUCGAAAAUGAGUGAAAUAAUCGAAAAUCUUGGUUUACCACAACCGGCUCAUUCCAAAGAUAUACGAGAUUAUACGAAACUUUGCGCCAAUCUAGCUGAACUAAUCGUAUUAAACACUGACGUUUGUUUAUGGCUGAUCAGGUUGAAUUUCGGUAUACACAGCAAACACUAUGGUGUAUUUUUGAUCAAUCACAUUAGUAUACCAUUCAUGCCUACGAUCAGAGAAAUAAGAAAACAGUAUGGCGACGAAUGGAUAAGUAAUUCUCAUGUACGAGAAGAAUAUUUAAAUGCCUUGUUAAUUCAUUUACCAAAAGUUGUCUCCAUUGUAACGAGUUUCAACAAACUCUGUUAUAAUUCAUGGAAAGAUUUUUAUAAUCACAUACAAAAGCUUGGAUGUCUGUUGCAAGCUGUACCACAUGAAAAAAAUUCAAGUACCAUAUCUGCAACACUUUUUAUUCCAAAUAAGAUUACUAAAAGACCUAUCAAAUGGACCGGUACUUCGAAUAAAAUACAAUUAGACUUUAACCUUCCAUUGUACGCUUUUAUGAUACCACAGACAACAGUGAAUACAGAGGUUUUAAAUCCAAAUAUAAAUAAACUUGCUUAUGCUUUGCAACAGCAAGGCUACUUUGGAUAUUUGACUGUAGAUUGUUAUUGUUAUUUCGAUAAUAACAAGGAGAAGAUGGUUGUAUUAUUACUCAAUAUUCAUCCUUAUUAUUCUCACACGCAAAUGUACGUUGAUUGGAUGAAAUUUGUCAUCGAUGGUUCUUACAAUUCUACGACAAAUACUUUUAAUGGUAAUAUCGUUGUACGGGAGUAUUCUAAAAAAAAAAUAAUAAUUUCGUCGAUAUAUGAUAAACAAUGGGACGAAACUACUGAGAGAACUGCAUUAGUAAUUUGUGAAUUAUAUCACGUCAAUUUGCCUUCUUAUUCAUGGCCCAAAUUGAAGAUUCUCAUGGAAGAUAUUGGAAUCGUUUACGAAGCUAGAAAGAAAGAAGGUUCUCAUUUUUUUUUACACGAUAGCGAUAAAAAGAAUACUGGGACUAUGGUGAUCGUUACGCCCAACAUGGAAAUGACAUUAUCAAAGACGUAUAAUAUCUUGAGAAAAAUGUGUCACGCUUUGUCAAUUAAAAAAAAGUCAGAAUCGAAUAUGUUGAUUGCAGCUAACUUUUUUGAAAAAUUUGCUUUAAAUUAUUCCGAUCAGUCUCAUGAACCAUGCAAGUGAAUGUUAAAUGCAAAUAAAUGCUUAUCACAUUUGAAUCGUCUUAUUUAAACAAAAGAGCAACAUUUUGUAUAUUUUCAUGAUAAUACAAUACGACGGACAGGAGGUUAAAACAAUUUAAUAAAGAAUCGUGAAAAACCUUUCAAUUAACAAUUUUAUAAAUUAGUACAACGAUAUAUUAAUUUUCAUAUCGCGAUAUUAAUGGAGAAUAUUUAUUUUUUAUCACAAAAUCAGGCAACAGUACCGGCGCCCAUUAAAUUUAUGAUUGGUGGAAUAGCUGGGUAAUUAGUAUUUUAAUAAAUGUAGCAUAAAUAGAUAAAUAGCAAAUUGAAUAAAAAAAACAAAACCAAAAAAAGGAUAGAAGUUUUAUACGAUUUAGAUAUAAUUUUGUAGGACAUUAGAAAAAAAUAAUUUCUUUAUUUAGGGUAACGGCACAAUUAGUGACACAUCCGACGGAUGUUGUGAAACUUCGGAUGCAAAUGACGAACAAUAGUUUCGUACACACUAUACGUGAAAUUCUUAAAAUGAAAAAUCCUCGUAGGUUUUACGAUGGAUUAAGUGCAGCU